UUUACUGAUUUCUAAACAGCUUGCAUUAGAUAAUAAUACGUAAAAUUUCAUGAUAUAUCGACCUGUUCAACUGUUUCGGUUUUAAUGUGUUUUAUUUAUGAUAAAAAAAAUAACCGAAAACCACUAAUAUCGAGAGACCAUGUACUUUUCGGAAUUUUCAUCCCAAGGGUCGAAUCGAUUCUUCUUCCUAAAAAUAUGAAAAACAUAAAAGUGUAAAUUUAAUACAUGAAGAAAACAGAACAAAGAUCAAGACCAGAAUUGAUACAAGUAUUUUCCAGAGGUAGCUUCUAUUAAAAUGAAAUUUACCGCGUCAUUUUGAAACUGCUGAUCAAACUAAUCGAAAGUUGAAGAUGUAAAAACCUAAUUUUGAAAAAAAAAAUGUUUUGAAAGGUUACAGAAUAUCUACACGCGUGAUGCUUCAAUUCGUUCGACUGACGAUGGUCAAGUGACGCAGGAAGAAUGUUGUUUAAGCUCUAAUGAUCGAUGUUUCAUCGAGAGGCGCAAUAAUUACCAGAAUCAAAUUGAAUUAACACAGGGUAUCAAGAAACGCUAACCGUUUGAUAAUUAUAAUUAAGAUUCGAGAAAUUCAGCUAGUCGCGUUUUAUCAGAUCGGCAGAUUCAUUAGUCUGUCGGAAUGUUGAGCUAUCACUGGAUUGUUUUUCUCGUGCUGGUCACCAUCGACCUUGGUGCUCUAGCACUGCAAUGCUACCGUUGCAAAAGUACUCUCAGCUGGUCAGCCUGCGCGCAGAACAUGAUCGUAGAGGAGUGCACCGCGGAGCAUCCCUUUGAUGAAGGCUACAGGUGCGUUAGCAAUCGGAUGAACUUGACGACGGCUAGGUUUGUGUUACACAUCUACUCCACCGGGUGUGGCUAUGGCAGUUGUGCUACGUCUCAGGGAUUUUUUGAUCACUUGCGGCUGCACGGGAACACAAACAGCAGUAUCGAAGAGUGGCAUCGCUGUGAGGAGGACCUCUGCAACACGCUCGAUCAAAUCCAAAGCGGAAAAGAGCAGGUGGCGUAUGUCGGCUGGCUGUUAGGUGGAUCGAGUCGGAUCAGGAUCGAUGUAGGGCUGGUGAUGGGAAUUAUUUGUUUGCUAGGAAAAGUGAUGUUGCAGGUUGGGUUAAUCUAAAAGAAAUUGUCAAGAAGACUUUUCCUCAAUUGCUUAGCAACUCUUUUGGUGAUGGUAUUAGCGACAAAUUUAUCAUAUUUGAGCGAAAAGUAGAAAAGAAGCGCCAUACAAUUAUAUAGUUUAGGUUCAGUAAUGCAGGUAAUAUAUGUAUAUUAAAAAAAAAUUUCUCAUCCAGGCGGGACUUUCUAAGUCUAAAUUGUCCUUUUCUGUUCUCGUUUAUUUUUCUCAGUUAAAA